GAGCAGUUUGCAAAGUUAUGUAAAUAAAUAAAUGGCCUUGACUUUUUCAUUUAUUGUAUCACAAGAUCAUGAGAUAAUGAAAAACUAAUUUGUUGUGAAAGGAAAACGGAAGUCAUGGCUUCAGCACGGCUUCCCGUGGAGGUUGUGAGUCAUAUCAUGCGUUUUCUGUCUGUAUCAGACAGGAAAGAUGCAGCCUUAGUUUGUCGCAGUUGGUACGAGGCUUCACUAGAUCCUAUUCUUCAGCGUGACAUCAUUAUCCAUUUCUAUGCUUCUUCCUCCGAGCAGACAACAAGAGCAAUACCUAGCCUGUCACGCAGAAGGCUUCCUCAUCUGGUUUUAAACAAUUUUGAUUCAUCUCUUGAUGCAAAGGCUGUGCUUCUAAAAUCCUGUGAGCAUCUGUCAGCCAACCUGAGAAGUUUAUCUCUUAGAGGAAGCAAUAUAACAGAGAGGACAUUUGUUGAACUGUUGUCAAAAUGUACGAAUCUGGUAACACUAGAUCUGAGUUGCUGUAAUUCUUUGUUUAUGUCAGGAUCGUUGUUGGAGAAAAACACAGAUAUGCAGCUUUUAAAGGCGUCAUUGAUCAAUGUCUUAGAUGUAAAUUUGUCUUCCAUUAGAUACAUGUCUGAUGCAACAUUUAACAGGAUAAUGACUGUGUGUGAAAAUGUUGAGAAGCUAGCACUUGCAGGUACUCAAAUGGCAUUUAGUAGUGAUGUUUACUAUCCAAAUAAGUCAAGUCGUAUUGCCAGUAGUUCUGUGCUGACGUUUAAAAACUUUCUAGACUUUAUCGUCACUCAACAGUGUCUAACGUCAUUGAACUUGUCCAAAACACAAAUUGAAGAUGAGCAUUUAGAAGAGAUUGUAGCGGUGUCUGGUCUAGAGUUGCAGGAGCUCAUUCUGACUGGCUGUAGAAAUAUAAGUGAUGAGGGCAUCGCCAGCAUUUGUAAACAUCAGGCACAGUUGAAGAGUCUUGAUGUUCGUGAAUGUGCUGAUCUUACCAACUCGUCUCUUAUGACGGUUUCUACAAGGUUAAAGCAGCUCCAAAAUCUUUAUGUAAACAAAUGUAAGCAGAUAACCGACAAAUCUGUGACAAGUAUGAGUCAGCUAAACCAGCUUGAAGUGUUAGAUAUUUCUGAAUGUUUCCAAAUCACCUCCGUAGGGCUUAUUAAGGGGAUUUGUCGGGAAGGUGAAACAACGGUUUUGACACAUUUGAACUUGAACUGUUGCUCACUUGUCGGAGAUUCAUUCGUUGAAAAGGCGUGUGAAUGUUUACCACUGUUGACACACCUUGACCUUGGCUCUUGCUUCAAGAUUACCGACCACAGUGUCCACUCAAUAUCCUCUAGUCUGAAAUACCUGAGAUUCUUGCGUCUGGCUUGGUGUAAAGAAGUUACAGAUUUAGGGUUGCUAGGUCUUCUUACAGAGGGAAACCAGCAUAAGCAUGAUGAGACUGAUGGAGAAUGUAGAUGUACCAGAAAAUUCCCAUCAACAGUCAUCUUCAAAAAACCUACUGAUAAAAAGAAAGAAUCAAGCGUUGAUGAAAUACGUAAAAAUUCGUUGAAUUCCCAAAAGAAUCCUGUUGCCAUCAGCAACCUUGUUGGGUUGAAAUAUUUGGAUCUUACAGCUUGUAAGAAAUUAACUGACACAAGUUUAAUGCAAGCAGUGAAAUUCCCAGAGAUCCGAGUUCUCUCUCUAGGAAUAUUGCCGGACUUGACCCCCGAGGGUGUUGCACAGAUUGUCCGAAACAACCCAAGUAUUGAGGAGUUAAAUUUGUCACAGUGUGGGUCUUUGACAGACAGUGCCAUGGCAACCAUAACAACUCGCCUUCCGAGACUUCAGAUGUUGAAUGUAUUUGGAUGUGAUAAGCUCACUGAUAAGAGUGUCGAUUACAUGAAAGAUAACUGUAAGAGAUUGAAAGUUUUAGAUGUGUCAUUCUGUGGAGGACUUUCACAUGAAGCUAUUGAAAACCUAGAGAACAAGUGUAAAACACUUCAAACUGUUCAAAAAAGAAUGAUUGGUGCAUCCUAAAGUUUAAACUUUCACCAAAAAUUUAACAUUUUUGUAGUGGGACGACAUGUUUUGGCUUUGCUUUGGUUAAUUUAUUUCAUUUGUGCUGUAAGGCCUAUUUGAUUUAUUUAAUUUGCAAAGAAGUCAUUAGCUGGAUCAAAACUAUUUAUCAGAUGAUUGACCAGUUGAACAUUGAAAUAAUGUUUAAACAGAACUAGGUUUGAACUUUUACUAUAUUAUAAUCAAGAUCUUUUGAAAGUAACAAAAGUGUGAUAAAAAAAAAGAAAAUGUACAUCAAGAGAUAUUUGUUUUAAAUUUGAUAUACAGGUAAUACCACAUUUUAAUAAUCUGAAUACAGAAAUAUUUGUAUCCUAGCGAUUUUCAUGAUAUUCAUGUUGUGCAUGUAUUUGGGCAUUUGAUCAAAAUUUAAGUUUGUUCAUUCUUGAAAAUUUUCGUUUAGUUCUUUAUUGUCUACCUCAUAGAUCUGUAUUGUGUUUAUAUUUAGCUCUCAUAUAUCACUGAAAGAUAGUGGGAGGGGGGGGAAUAUAUGGAAGGUAUAAUUAACAAAGAUAAAGAAUUUACUUUGUAUGAUUCUAUAGAUCUAUACAAUAAUUAUACAUUGCUAAAUGAAAUAUAAGUCAUAAAGGGUAGUGAAAAUAAGUAAAAAUUGGAAACCUUUUGGUCAACCCACACUAGUAAAUUUCAAAUGCCCAUCUCAUAAUUAUUUUUUUGAGCAACAAUCAUUUCAGACCAAUUUAUUAUUACUUGGUUGAUUUUUAACAGUUGAUAGCUGGUGGCUGGAUCAUCAAUGUAGAGAUAGAAAACCUUUUGCAUCUAUGCAAGGAAAUUUCACGCUGUUUUGUGCUCAUUUUUAGAAUUUUGAUAAUGAAAUCCUUUAUCAAACUUAUCAUUAUUUAAACAGAGGGUAAAUUGUAAAUUCACAAUUUAUUAAAGUGAAUAAAGAAACCAUAUGUCUUGUAACCAAAUUAUCUGCAUUUCUUGAAGUUUCACAGCAAUGGCUUUGAAACCUGUGUAUGAUAUAAAAAAAACUAAGAGAGGUAACUCAUUCUGUUUUGUUCCUUGACAAAAUUAUAUGUGAAGGUUAACUUUG